AUGGAAGAGAAGGAAAUGCAGAUCAAGGUGCUCACCGACCACAACGGCGAGCUUCUCCGACUGCUCGAGAUCGAAGAGAGUCAAUCGGGGACACUCGCCAAAGAGAAUGCGUCGAUCAAGCUCGACGCGGAUGCGCUUGCAAGCAAGUACGCGUCGCUCAUGACGACGGCCAAGACGCACGAAGAGAUUGCGGGCCGUGCUGUGCGAGACAGUCAGCUCCGCGCCGAAGAAGUCCGCCUCCUCCGCAUCGAUACGGACCAGCUGCGAACGUCCAACAACGAGCUCAAAAUGAAGGCGCAAGUCGAGCUCGAGUCGCUCCACGAGCAGCUCCGCGUCCGGAAAGAAAAACAAUAUCAACUAUUGGAGAAGAUCCAGUCGCUCGAGGAAGCCAAGCGCCAGAGUGACGAUACGCUGCACGGCAUGGAAGAGCGCGUGCGGCAGCUGCUGGAGCAAGGCCAGGAGCGCGAGACGCAGCUGCAGCUCGAGAGCAAGGUCAAGCGCAGCCAAAUCGACGCCAACAAACACCUUCAAGUGGAGAACGACCAACUGGUGGCCGACAAGCAUACGCUUCAAGCACGUUUAGAAAAGGCCGAGCAAGAGCGUACGCGCAUGGAGGCUGAGAACCGUGACUCGGCCGACCAGCUGCGGGAAAUGGCCGAAAAGGUGUUUCAACUGCUGGAGCGACUCAAGCUCGCCGAGCUUGGCAAAACCAAGUCGCUCGAAGCGCUCAAGCAAAAGGACAUGGAAAUGGUGUCCCUCAAGAAAAAGAACGCUCGCUUGCUCAAAGACGUGACGCAAGAAGGCAAAAGUCGGGUGAAAAUCGAGCUCGACAAGAAUGUGCUCUUGGAGCAGCUCCAGGCGCUGAAAAAACACAAUGCGCAACUGAGCGUCCGUUGUCGCGACGAAGUAAAAGCGAAACUCAAAGAGACGGAAGAGCGAACGCUAUUGGCCGAGAAGCUCAAAACGAUGAGCUCGCGACUGAGCUUUCUUCUCAAUAAGAUGCAAGCCGACGAAGAAGCCAAGCUCUGUACAAAAGAAGACAUGAAGAAAAUGCAAGCACAGAUCCAGAGCCUCCAGGACAAGAACACGGAGCUCGCGCAAAAGCUCAACACGACCGGCGACAGCAACCGCGUCGUCACCGAAGCGCUUCGCUGCAAACAAGAAGAGCUGGAUACGGCGCUUAUCAAGCUUGAAGCGCUCUCCACCAAGCUGCUCAACCAGACGCUGCCAAGCGCCGAUAUGGCGGUUGUCGACUCGGGCGAAAGCAGCAACCAGGCCCACGAUAUGCCCGCGGACGACAAGGAGCACGAAGCCGCGGGCCGGUUCUUUGUCGAGUGCCGGUCAUCGCACGGCGGUCUCCUCGUUAUCAAGCCCAAGCGCAGCAACAACGGGUGUCAAGAGUACCUCGACAAGCUCGGCAUCAACCAUUUCCUCAAGUGGGCGCAAAAACAAACCAACACCAAGCAGCGCCUCGUCGAGAAAGUCGCCGUCCUCGUGCAUCAGCUCAUGAUGAGCGAAGAAGCGACGCUCGGCGUUCAGGAGAUGCUCGCGUCCAAGCAAGAUCAUUUAGAUCACGUCGGCAAGAAGGCACAGUGGCUCCAAGAACGGCUGAACGCAGAAGAGGACGCGAAGCGGAAAACACUUCUUCGGUAUGUGCACGAGAUCAAGUCGCGUACGCAUGUCGAAAACACCCGCGUCAUUUUGAAGCUGCCGGAAAGCGGCGUCGGCGACGAAGAAGUGCAUGCGAUAGCAGCACUCUUGCGCAGCAACAGCUCGAUCCAAGAGCUCCAGUUGCAGUCGAAUACAAUCACAAGCGAAGGCGCCCGCGCCAUAGCUGCCAUUUUGGCGCUCUCGACCUGUGCGCUAACUCAUAUCGAUUUGCGCAAAAAUCACAUUGGGGACGACGGUGUCCGCGUACUCUCGGAAGCCCUCGGGCGCAACCCGCGCAUCAAGCACGUGUACGUCCACGCAGGCGGCAAGAUCGAAGCGCUUGGCGCCCAGCCGUCAAGUACGAGCGCCGACGGUCUCAUCCAAGUCGAGACCAUUUGCGUUAUUGACGUACGAGAAAACGACGCCGGGCGGUCGUCGCUGGCGCUGGACCUCGACACGAUCGACCAUGGGGCCGUUGCACCACUGCCCUCGUCCGUGACGGGCGACACCAAGCUCUUUGCCAAGCGCAGUACGACGCUAGAAGUCGCCAACGCGGCGGCGCUCGAGAAGAAGCGUGAGUGGGCCAAACUGCAAAAGUCCAAGCGCCUUGCCGCGAUCGAAAAGAAAAGCCAAGCAAAAGAACAGCUCUGGAGUGGGCGCGCCGGCGGCCUCGAAGUCGCUCACCCCAAGAAACAGCUGCCGCCGCUCGACGAUGCCUCGACAAAGACACUCGAACGAUCCUUGUCGGCGCCGUCCGUCAACGACAAGAAGGCAGGCGACGAAGGCGUCGAUGGAGCCAGCAAAAAACAUAUUCAAGCAGCACCCUUCAGUCGACGGCUAAAGGAGUCGCCACUCGCCAAGCCCACCUAAGCCGUCCCGCGGAAUAGGCAGCACCAACUAGCCUUGAUAGGAUGCGUAAUAGCCACACGAUACGCGACGACUUGUCGUCUUCUAAACUACC